AUGGGUCGAGAGGAGCAGGUCGAGGAACGAGAAGUUCUCGAAUCUAUAUUCCCGGAAGAAAUUACAGAUUUAUCAGAUACCUCCUAUCGAAUAACUAUACCGCUUGACCUCGAUGCCGACGGAGAUGAUGAAGAAGCACCGAUCUUGAUACUACAGGUUUCUUAUCCCGAAGCAUAUCCCGAUGUGGCACCAGAUCUUGACAUCUUGACCCCUCCGAAUUCUCCGAAACACCCCCGCUUCGACAUACAAGAGGACAAAGCCUAUCUUAUGAACGCACUUCAGCCUAGCAUCGAGGAGAACGUUGGCAUGGCAAUGGUCUUCACAUUAUUCAGCACUUUGAAAGAAGCAGCGGAAAGCCUGAUAAUGGAACGUGCGGCUUCCGAGAGAGAAGCACACGAGAGGGAGAUUGCUAGGGCAGAGGAGGAAGAAAACCGAAAGUUCCAGGGAACGCUAGUCACUAGAGAAAAAUUUCUCGAAUGGAGGGAACGAUUUAGGAAGGAAUUGGAGGAGAUAGAGCGGAGAGAGCGGGAGGAAAAAGAGGCGGAAGAAAAGAAAAAGAAGGCGUCUGCUCGUGAAGAGUCAAAGCUCACUGGACGGCAGCUUUGGGAACGCGGCCUGGCAGGAAAGGCCGAUUAUGACGAAGACGGCGACGAAGAAUUGCCGUCGACAGGUGUCGAAAAGUUGCAAAUUUCGGCGUAG